AUGUCGAACAAACUCCCCUCCCAACAGCGCAAGAAGAACGCCCGUUCGAUUGCAUCCGAAGACCCCUGGAAGGUCGACACCCCCUUCGGCCCGCCGCGCAUCUCGCACUUCUCCAGCAGUAAGAUCCGCCGCAUUCGCAACACCCUCCAGAAACUGUCGCCCUCCGCCCGCGCCGAGAAGGAGCUCCUCAAGCAAAAGAACCGCUACAAGGUCCCCCUGACCGAGCGCAACGUCGACGCCUUUGUCAAUGAGCAGCUGGUCACCGAUGCUUGUUGUCCGGGCCAACAUUCCCGCGAGUUGCAGAUCUCGGCGUGGUUGGAGCGGUUGUCGUACUGA